AUCAUUUUUAAUCUAUGCCAGUACUCAGUUGACCGCGUGCGCUCGAGGUAUGUUACAUAAUGUUAUCAAAGAUAAUUUUAUUGACAGUUUUGCCUUUAACUGUGUUAUCAUUCGCUAAUCGAGAUGUAUCAGAAUCGGUGAUAGUGAUCGACAAUGAUGCAGGAGCGGACGAUGCGUUGGCCAUUUUCCUGGCUACACUUUACGAGAAACAUUUUAAUGGACCUAAACUAAUUGGACUUACGACUGUCAACGGGAAUACAAAUGAAGACAAUGUCUGCACUAAUAACCAGAGAAUAUUGCAAGUUGCCAAACGACAGGAUAUACCAAUAUACAGAGGGGCUAAAGAAUCAUUGGUGAUCACACCAUAUGCUGGUGACUAUUUUGGUCAAGAUGGUCUCGGAGACACGGGGGAGGUCUUAAGGGAUCUGGUACCGCCUCGGAGAGAAGCGGCUGUUAAUAAACUUAUUGAGCUGUCGAAGCAACAUAAAGGAAACUUAACCGUCUUAUGUUUGGCAUCUUUAACGAAUAUAGCAUUGGCAAUUCAACUGGAUCCAAAUUUCUUGGGCAGAUUGAAUCAUUUGUACGUUGGUGGUGGACAUAUACAUAGUGAACAAUUUCCUGAAGCAGAGUUCAACGCACACAUGGACGUAGAAGCUUAUCAUAUUAUAGCUAAACACGCUACACCAGAAAAAGUGACGAUGUUACCUUUCUCACAAGUUAUGUUACACUUAAACAUAAGUAGGCAAUGGAGAGAAGAAGUCUUCGGCGUAAUAGACACAGACAUAAUAAGGGCCCAAAAUGGUUACGAAAGGAUAACUCUGCCCCAAAGUGACAGGUGGCAGCAGCUCGAUCCAGCAGUCGUGGCGCUGUUCGUGAAACCAGAACUGGUCAGCGAGUAUAAGUACUCGAAGAACGAUAUUAUUUUGUGUGGUGAUAAACGAGGGAUGAACACAAAUACUUUUGUCGAGAAAGAAGACGCUAAUGUGAGAGUAAUAGAUUCUAUAAAAAUGGAAGAGUAUAAACAGUUCCUGUUAGAUGUAUUUAGUGCUGAUUUAAAUAAAUAAACUAUUUGUACCUUUUU